GGCUACAAUCCAAAUCUUUGUUCGCCUGAUCUUUGUUUACAGAGGUUUCUUCUGCUUGCAGUUGGAAACAAACCUCUCAGUCUCCUGCUUCGAACGCUGAAUGCAUUUUUUGUGAUUGCAGGUUUUUGUUUAGUUUUGUUUUGUUUUGUUUUGUUUUUUGUUGUAUUGUGUUUUUUUCUUUUUUUGUUACUGGGUGAAAUUAAAGAUUUGCGGCAGUGAAUUCCACCAGUUCUAUCUCCUGGGAAAACCUCAGGAUUAUUCCUUUCUGCAGAAUUGUUCAUUUAAUUUUUACAUAAGAUAAUUGAAUUAAAUCAAUUAGCCAAUGAAUUUAGUUGUUCCUACGACUCGUGUUUCAUAUCGGAUCGUAAACAAUAGUCGUGUUAGCGUAGAACAAGGUCUUCUUCGAUUUUUCAGCAAAUGCAGGGUUUUUUUUAUAAAAGUUUAGACGCUUAGUGUUUAAUAGCCUUUUUGUAGUUCUCUUCACAGCCAAGCCUAGAUUAAGCGUCUUUAGGCAAGGUCAACAUCUUUGCAAAAAUAUUUCAAAUUUGAUUUACGUGUGCUAUCAACAAGCGAGUUGUUUUCACUAAUUUUGAUUUUCAAGUUUGUUUUCUAACUAGCAGUUGAGAAGAACUGCUUUUGUUUUAUUUGUCUAAAAGUAUUUAACGAUUUUAGUUCAGCACAAAUUUGUCUGAAAAUUAUUUAGGUAACCGACGAUGAGUACUUCAACUUCGAGCGUGAUUAACUUUUAUAGAGCAAAGUAUACCCGGCGAUUCUCAACAGAAUACCCGCCGAAGCUUCGGCGGGUGCCGGGUGUUAUUGAAAGCACUGUCUUUAGAAACUUUUAAUAACUUCAAAGCGAUUCAGAGACUGGUACCAUCUUUGCGCAAUCUCUACCAAUUUCAUUCAAAUGCGACAAAAACAAGGCAAACUUUUUGGGUAGAAGUUCAUCUCAAACUAAUGACCAACCUGGAACUUUCAAAUGCGCUCGCUCACGAUGCAAAACCUCUCAUUUCAUUCAUAACAUAGAGAAAAUGUCCGGACCUAAGAGAUCCAUUAAGAUUACUGAUCACUUGAAGUGCACCUCCGAUGAUGUCAUCUAUUUGCAUAACUUGGCAUGCACUUAUUUCAUAAAGUUAUACAUUAGUGAAACAGGAAGACGACUUGGUGACCGAUUCCGAGAACUCCUUCGCGACUUAGAUAGAAAUGACAAGGACGCAUUUAAACCAGUCGCUAAAAAGUCUUCAGUUUUCCUUAUCUCCACUUUUCUUUCCUUCUAGAUUUCGAUCAAAUUUUUAAUUUUUUGCAUAUGUUUUGUGUGGCAGCGGUUGUUUCUUAAUUUUCCUCUGUAGUUUUUACGAGCAGGAAAAUUGGCGCGCGGCCGGCCAAAAUUUGGCCCCUCCUCACAUGCCCAUUAUUAACCAUUUAACUCCCAAGAUCUGAUUGUUUAUUCUCCCCUCUAGCUUUUACACAUUUCCUUGUAAAUAAGUUACAAGAAUUUGAUGUUAGAUCGAGAUAACAACUUCUACUUGAUACAUUUGAGUAUUCUCAUUACCUGUUUGUUGGGGAGUGAAUGGAUAUUGUAUGAAGAAGUUACUUGUUAAUCACUUCUGGGAGUUAAAGGGUUAAACGUCAGGUUUGGACACAGCCGAAAAAUGAGUGCACAUGCACGACGGAUAUGGCGCUUUCGGGGAGCGUUUUCUGACUCCAUGGUGAAUGAAUUUCAUCGAGGAACGAACAGAACAUUAUGGUAUAAUUUUGGACUGUUCUUGAUGUGAAUCGAGGGCAAAAUUUAAUGGAGUUUGUCCGUAUGGAAAGGUCUUAAGGGUAAUCACCAAACCUUUAUUGGCGUCAACAAUGGCGAAGAAAUCCUUUGGCUCAAAGGUUCUGUUUUUUGUCGUCAUUGCAGGGAUAGUUUUUUUAUGGCAAUUCGAAAGAAAUUAUUCUACACUUAAAGUUACUUUAACGCUCCCAAGGUAUGGUAACAUAAACCGAGAAAUGAGGAACUCCAACACAACAGAACCAUGCUUAAUUCUUUACUGGUCGACUAUUUUCGGAAGUCAGCCACACAUUGAGAAGAGAUGGAAUGACAAUGAUUGCCCAGUGGUUUGUCAGGUCACAUCUGACCGUUCUCGAGCCAGAGAGGCAGACGGGUUCGUUGUUCAUGCCCGGGAUUCACACAUGACACCUCCGAAGGAAUCUGUUCCAUGGAUCCUUCACACACAAGAAAACCCGGUGUACACUUCCGUAAUGAAAAACGCCAAGUUUAUGUCCAGAUUUAAUCUGUUAAUGAGUUACCGGUUAGACUACGAUUUCCCCGUCCCAGUUUACCCCAUGCCUCAAUUAACACCACCACUUACAUUUAAGGAAAAAACUAAGCUGAUAAUGGCAGCAUUUUCAAACUGUGAGCCUGUGCGGACGGAAUACAUGAGACAAUUAAUGAAGUUUGUGCAGGUCGAUUCUUAUGGAGCUUGUCUCAGGAAUAAGAAUGAUCUAGUGAGCCGUUAUGGAUCCAAGAACGGGAAAAAUUUCAAAGAGCUGAAGAGUGAAUUAGCGAGACAAUACAAGUUUACACUAGUAUUUUUUAACCAGGACUGUGAAUACUUUGUCGAUGAUCAACUAAGCCAUGCGCUGAAUGCAGGCUCAGUUCCUGUGGUAAUGAGUACAGAUAAACUCGACGAGUUCCUGCCGGGCAAUCUUCGACAAUCCGUCAUUAAAGUCCGCGAUUUCAGAACUCCAAAAGAUCUCUCAGAUUAUCUUAAGUACUUGAGCACAAAUGAGACAGAGUAUAACAAUUAUUUGACGUGGAAGUCGAAAGGAGUAGGAAAUAUCACGGGAACCGUUAUUGGAAAUUUUUGGAAACCAAAGUAUCCUAUUUAUUGCCAGAUCUGUGUGGCGCUUUCAGAAGGGCGAAUACACAAGGAAGGACUGAGGCCAAUCCCGUGUAAUGCGAGAACGUACGAAGACUGGGGUAUCAAAAAAGGGGCCUAAUUUUCCUUUUUUCGUCAUCAUCAGGACUAGCAAAAUCUUCGUUAUUGUUUAAAAAUAUUUACAUCGUUAACUAGUUUUAUUAACCCUUUAACUCCCAAGAUCUGAUUGUUAAUUCUCCCCUCUAGCUGCUACACAUUUCCUUGUAAAUAAGUUGCGAGAAUUUGGUGUUAGAUCAAGAUAACAACUUUUACCUGAUAACUUAAAGUAUUCUCAUUUCUCUUCUGCUGGAUGACCUAGUUUAUUAUAGGGAGAAUUUACAUGUUAAUCAAUUCUGGGAGUUAAAGGUUUGUUUUAAAAUUUCUACUUUUUAGGCCAUGUUUCCAAAUUUUUGACUUAAUUGUGAAAACAUUGGACAAUUUUAGGAAACCUGAGAGUUGUACCAUUUAGCUUUCCUGGAUUGGUUUUGCUCGUGCAAGUUCUCCCCAUGAAAAUCAUAAAUACUCAAACUUAUCAGAUAGAGGUUGUUACUUUGAUCAGACUCCAAAUUCUCGUUAGUGAUUUACAAGGAAAUGUGUUGCAGCUAGAGGGCAGAAUUCAAAAUAAAAUCUUGGGAGUUAACGUGUUAAAGCAAUCAUUUUGUGUUUGCACUUUCUGUGACAAAAGUACUUACAGAAAUAAUGCAGCCUUUUGUGAGUGAUGCAGGGAUGUUCAACUAUGUUUGCUAUAUUUCUGCAUUUGUUGUCGUCGUUUUAACUAAUAAACAGCCUUUGAAAAAUGAAUAAACAUUUUUACUUGCAUC